UAUGGGGAUUACGUUGUUUUUCUUCUUCUGCCAUCAUCACACAAAGUUUUCCUUGAUCAGAGUGAAAAAUAUCGUAGUUUUAGCAGGUUUUCCCGGAGAAGAAUGGACAGUCAGGCACCUUCUGAUGGUUACCUGCUAGAAGUGAUUGACAACACCUGGCGUCAAGACGAGCUACCGCACGAUCAAAUUGUCGUUCCCGUUGAGAAUCUUCCGGAUCUGGAAGCAGACAAUGGGGAUUCACAUCUAACGCUCAAGGAACAGGAGCAAAAGUGGAAUGAUCUUGCGUUGAGUUCACUUGCACCAGAAUUGGCGCUCACAGAUCAGAAUAUUGGUGGCAUCUGAGCCACACCCACCAGUGAAUCACUUUUUGUUUUC